UUUUCGGGGGUCUCGAAUAUCUCACUCAACCUCGGCAUGGUGUCUCGGUAAAGAUACGUGAGAUCUCUGAUUUGCCCCUGGGUCUCCCCCCCUGGUCUCCUUAGUCUCCCUGGUCUCCCUCCAUUCCACCAUCACAACAAAUGCAACGCAAAUCUCCGACCUCUGAUCGACUGGGACAAUAGCAGCCGUUAGGAACGGCCUCCGUGAUCGUGCCCCACCUGGUCCUAUCAGUGUCGACCAAUCCAGAUCGGAAGCCAAUCAAUGAAGGCCCACCAUGGCGAUGGCCGCCUGGUGGGUGGGUAUGUCGAGCCUUCGCCCGCCCAUGUUCAUUGAGACCAGGCCGACAUGAGUCAACGGAAACGCACGGCGGCCUCGGCGGCUUGGCCGACGGACGGAGGCUCGCCCGUGGAUGGCCCGACGCCCGUCAAGAGCGUGAAACUGGAGAGCGUUGCCUCGUUGACCGAGGACGACGAGCCCGGCGAGAUGAUGUUGGGCUCGCCCGACGCGCCCACGUCCUUAUUGAACGGGGAACCCCGCACCACGGCCCUCAGGAUCAGUGCGCGAGUGUUACGGAAGAAAGAGGAACGUCAAGGGUCGGAAUCGGAAACGGUGGGCGGGCCGUCCUUGGCGGACGAGCCCCCAAUGGUGCCGGCCGCCGCGGUUCGGGCGUGUCCGGCGGUUUCCAUGGCCGAGAGUGAGAAGCCGCGGCGAACUUGGGAACAAUGGUCAACCCAAGAUAAGAAUAUGUUCUUUGAAGGCUUGAAUGAGUAUGGCAAGAACUUUGAUUCGAUCGAAGGCCACUUUCAGAGCAAAAGUAAGAAGAAGACCAUGCUCAAGACCCGCGAGCAAAUCCGGACCUUUUACUAUCGGACCUGGCACAAAAUCUCGGCUCACAUCGUGUUCCCGGAUCAGUUGAAAAAGUCCGUUCGGGAAUUAUACGGUUUGAUCAAUUACGGCGAACUUCGGAAGCGGCUGGGUGGCAAGCUCGACGAGAAGAAUGGUGCCAAACUCCAGGAGCUGGUCUUCACGGGCUUGACUACAAUUCGGGUCAAAGGCAAGACAUAUCGGGUCAAGACGCCCAUUUGUCGAGCCUUAAAGCGACUUGUCACCAAGCUAGAAGGCACCAAAACCAGUGGUGCCCAUGCCAAUGGCCACAGCCAAAAAACCGUGAUCCCUUCCAUGCCCGACCAUGUCACGGUCGAUUUGAAGCCGUUGAAUGAGAAUGACUUCUAUCAAGUGCACUCGAACUGCUUCCAAAAUCCGCACAUACAAAUCACGGUGGGCUUGUCGCAACGGGUGGCGAGUUUGAUCGACUUUCUGGAUAAGAAGUGGUCCGCCAAGACCCCUCAAAGGCUCAAGACUGACGGCCAGGACUGGGAGCUUUGGAUCCAGACCAAACCCGGGACGGUACUUAAUCGGCCCGCACUCACCUCAGUCGAGCCUUUGACCCAUACCUCAUUAAGCUUAUCUAACAUUCAGGAGAAGAUUCGUCCGAGCCCAAGCAGCUCGAUUCAGGUUGAUCCUGAACGGAAGCCCGAGCCCGAGGACGUCCAAAAUAUGACCUUGAGUGCACCGGCCCUGGUUGAGGAGGAAGCCGACCCUCCGCCCGUGAUCACGGCCAAGAUGAAUGCCGAAGUCAAGACUGAAGAAUCUCAAAGCACAAACGACGACCAGUUGGUCAUCACUCAGUGGAACAAGGCUCAAGGAGCGACGGUUACCUUUGGCGAAUUGUUCCUCAUGUUGGGGCUGUCUGGCAAUAAGAAUAUGGAGCUCUGCUAUCACUUCAAGGAGUUGACCGCGGCCAUCGAUGACUUGGAGCACCAUCAGCUCAAGCCUAGAUUCACUCAAGUGCCCACCACCGCGAUCCUGGCGCGAAUGGCUCAAACAGAAUUGGCUCGGAAACAAAACAAGGUGCUGAGUAGUCCUGGUGCCAAAUCGGGGGCGAGCUUGGGCCCUUGGAAGAGUCCUUCGGCCCAAAGUCCGGCCAAUUCUCCUCGCACGCCUAAAGCUUCCGAGCUUCAUGUCAAUAACGAGAGCGCUCGUUUGGGCCAUGAAGAAUUCCGACGGCCGAGUGCUCCACCCGCCAAAAUCAAUUCCAACCAAUCCUCUGCUCAGGCCUUCAAGCAACAACUCAGCAUGCUUCUACCCAAGUACAGCAAUCGCAAAGGUCGAACCACGACGCGAAAGACCAAUGUGGUGUCUCGCCAACUUUUGGCCAAUCGUCCCCUACAGCCAAAGAAUAAUCUCAUUUCCAAGGACGGCGUGAUGAAGGUCCGGAUCGUGUCUGACCCCACCAAAGACGUGUUGGAGGCUCCCCCGGGACUACCCUCACUAAUCGCUACUUCACUCGUCAACCCAGUCAGCCUCAGCCCAGUACCUAAUCUUCCUAAGGCACCCAUGUCGCCGGAAAUUCCUACGAUAUCGAUUCCGGACUCAUCGAGACCCGGUUCGCCCACUGGAAGUAUCUCCUCCUUAUUUGAAGGCUCAUUGUCAGACUUGGCCUCUGGCAGUGGAAGCGGAAACAAUGUCCCUACUCCGCAUCUCCACCAUACACCCACCAAAUCGGACCAUUUCCUAGACUCGGUCUUGGAGAACUCCAACAGUUCCGUACUACAAACCCCACCUAGACACCGCCCAACGCCCCCUAGCUCUCCUUCGAGGGCCGUGCACGACUCUUGGCUCCCAGAGCUGUCGCUCUCGUCAUUACUGGAGUCUCCUAUCAAGAACGGGUCGCAGAAUACCCAUCCCGCCACUAUCAAUGAGGAUAGCAUCCAAUCCGUGGGCUCGGAGGUCGACCGACAGAUCCUGCUCAUGAUGACCGAGAACUCGGUGGAUUUUACUAACAAAUUUGCUAAAUUGGCCUCGCACGUCAACAACGACUGAUCGAUCCGUUUAUCGAACACAAUAAUAAUCGAAUGAUUCCAUAGUCAAGCUUGUCCUGAUGAACUAAUACUCUCCCUAGAAUAUAUUCCGUUGCAACCAAUUUCUGUGAACUCUUCUUAUUUCAGAA